GAUGAUUAAGAGAUUGGAAAAAGAAUUCGAAGAUGUCUAAUCUGCCAUUGAUGAAGGCAUUAUUGAAAACAUGACAGUCUAAGUCUAAUAUGAAAAUAAUUCUGCAAACUAUACUAAAUGGAAUGUUGUUAUAUAUGGAAGAGAAAAUACAAUUUGGCAAGGAGGAGAAUUCUCUGGUAUUUUAGAAUUCCCUUAAAGUUAUCCUGCUACAUCCCCUGUAUAUACAUGGAAGGUAUACUCAAAAAAUAGAUUUAUGCAUAUGAACAUAUAUUCCUCAGGUAAAACCUGUAUUGACAUUUUAAAUGAUAAAAUUGGAUAUACACCAGCUAGAACAUGUGUAGAAAUAUUAAAAGCAUUGGAAGAUUUCCUUUAUCGUCCUAAUCCUAAAUCACCUACAAAUAGUGAAUUAGCUAAAAUUUUUGAAAAGGAUUUACCUUAAUAUGAAAAAAUGGUUAGAGAAUUUGUUUAAAAAUAUAUGGAAGAAAAGAAAUAAUCAGAAAAAAAUUGA